UUCUUGAGCUAAACUGCACAUUAUAUUAUGGAUCUGCAGUAGUAUUUUGGGAAUGGUUGGCCAGCGCGACGCUUAUUACGUUUAGCUUAAAUCCUGCAUCAGCCAGUACAGCUUGAACAUGUUAUAUUUAAACGUUCGUGUCGCCCCUGACCAACAUAGUAUCUUCACGAACAUACAAGGCACAGUACAGAUACAACACGCUUCUGGAUAAGAUGUGAAAUAACGUAUGUUUUCUUCUUCUCGUAGAGAGCUGUGAGACCACACUGAGCAGCGUACGGACAGCAGAUGGCACACAUAUGGCUAAUUAACUGCUACGUUAGUUGUCAUCAAAAGAAGAACAUGACGUCAUUCCUGUUUCAUAGUUUUAUUAUAUAAAGAAACACGAGCCAUACAUGUCGACUUAAAACCGCUGAAACAUUCUAAACACAUUGUAUAUUUAGCGUAUCCAGCUAAACUGUAAGUUGCGUUGCUAUCUGGAACAUGACAUGAGAGGGCGGGGCUAGCCGUGGCCACCGAGUCCACUGAUUGGUCAGUUUAGCUUGUCAGGAGAGAUUCCGGAUGUCUGCUGUCGUAAGAGGAACGUUUGUUUUCUGCUUCUCAUUCUUGACAGUUUGUUUGCUGCCGGGUUGCUGAUGAAAGUUGAUGCAGUGAAUUAGAUGUGCAACCCUGCGUUUUGACGGUACAACAUCGUAAGUGUCGUUCUUUGUCUUUAUCUCUCUAGUUUUAGCUGACCACGAUUUAUUGCAAGCUUACUGUUAAGUCGAGGCCAUGACAUCUAUCUGUGUGUGUGUCGCUUGCUAGCAGUCAAUGUUAGCAAUGUAACUGCCGCCGGCAUUUACUGAGUUGCAACGGAAUUCACAGUCAAAUGUGUAUCAGGGUGAAACGGUAAGCUUUUUUGAGGUGAUCAAGUUAGCUUCAUAAGUAAAUCAAGCUAUUAUAAACGUUAAUUAGUUCCUGAGUUGUGGCGGGGUCAAAUACUUUCGUCUUUCUGUCCUAUCGACGGUCGAUCCGCCAAACUGCUGGAAGUUGAUUCAGUGUUACAUUCCGGAGUCGAGACUGGGAUGGUAUCAUGGAGAGAGACACUGAUCAAGAAGGAGAGGCACAGGGAGUGAAUAUUUGUGACUCACCUCGUGAGAGCAAUCGACCUGCUGACACCUUGGCGACGUCUCUCUCCCUCUUGGGGAAUCACAUGUUUCCUUAUCCCGUGGAGGGAAACGACAGCAGUACUGUUGACAAACAGGAGCCUGCAGAUUCAAUCCUGUCAGAUGUUACAGCAGAGGAGAAGAGUCUGGAUGCAGAGCACCUGUCUGACCAGGUAACAAAGCUGGAGAUUGAGGAGACAGAGAACUCUGAGUGUCAGAACAAUGCGUCUUCACCGACGCUCGACAAAGAAACCGAGGAUGCUGCCACUGACGAUGACCGGCACGACUCUGGGGAGUUUGUCGUUACAAUGCUGGCGAAGGCCAAGCUGGAGGAGCAAGGAAUAGGUGUGAAGGGAAGGUCAUCCCCCUUGUUGGAGGCGGGCAUCCAGGAAACUCCUGCUUUCAUAUCUCACCGUGAUGAGGAUGUGACAGCUGAAAGCUGGCGGCAGCAUAGGAAGCAUGUUUUUGUGUUGAGUGAAGCAGGCAAACCCAUCUAUUCCCGAUACGGCAGUGAAGAGGCUCUUUCAUCGACAAUGGGAGUCAUGAUGGCGCUGGUUUCCUUUGUUCAAAGUGGAGAUAACAUCAUCCGCUCAGUCUAUUCAGAGGAGCACAUCGUGGUGUUCUUACAGAAAGGGCCCCUAGUGCUGGUGUGUGUCUCUAGCAGUCGUCAGACUGAGCAGCAGCUGCGUGGAGAGCUCCUCUAUGUGUACUACCAGAUCAUCAGCAUGCUCACCCAGGCCAGUAUCUCCCGCAUCUUUGAACACAAGAAAAACUACGACCUGAGGAGACUCCUGGCGGGCUCAGAGAAGAUCCUGGACGGUCUUCUCAACCUCGUCGAUUCUGACCCCAGCUUCCUGCUAGCAGCAGUUCACUGCUUGCCCGUAGCUUGCUCUCUCAGGGACUCUCUCAGCCAGAUCCUGCUGAAAGCAAUCACCCCCAAUCUGGUGUUCUCCAUCCUCAUUGCCAGGAACCAGCUGCUCACCAUUGUCCAAGAAAAGACAGUCAUCGAGGACGCCAGGCUGGAGCCCGCUGAUGUCCACCUCCUGCUCAACCUAAUUGGAGCUUCCUCUGCCUUUCAGGCUGGAGAGAUCUGGACUCCCAUCUGCCUCCCCCUCUUUAAUCCUGACUGUUACUUUUAUGCUUACAUUUCUUACCUGGACCCUCCAGAAUGCACUGUUUGCUUGCUGCUGCUCUCGACAGACAAGGAGGCUUUCUACGCUGUAGCCGACUGCAAGAGGAGGAUAGAGGAGGCCAUGACGGCUCAGAACUCCCUGAGCCUCAUAGCCAAAGUCCAGUCAUACAGCGUGAGCCAGGUGGGCGUCUCAGACCUCAGACACUUCAUGUACAAGCCCUUUGACGUGCCAGACAACUACCGCCAACUAACUCAGUUCACCAGCCCAGAGAUGGAGGCGCCAUACAGCAGUGAAGAGGAAAAAAUGAGACUGCUGGACCUUUAUCGUUAUAUGCACAACCGCAUCCACAGCAACUCGAGACCCCUCAAGCUCAUCUACCAUGUCGCUGAGAGGGAAACUCUGCUGGCCUGGGUCACAAGUAAGUUUGAGCUGUACACCUGCUUCAGUCCUCUGGUGACGAAGGCCUGUGCUAUUACUGCUAUCACUAAGCUGCUACGGUGGAUUAAAAAGGAGGAGGACCGUCUAUUCAUCAGAUAUCCACCAAAGUAUUCAACCACCCCAAACCCCAGCAAGAGCUCUCGGGGCGGGAAAUCUGACCAGCAAGACUCCACAGAUAACGGCUUCUUAUCUCUUCUAUAGGACUCUCUUAGCGCUCAGCCUCAUUCAACAAUAGUUUGUACACUGGUUCCAAGAUAUUUUUGGACCCCCUUUUGACUCUUGUUGGACUUGACAGACAUUGACUUCUGGAAUCCCUACAACACUACUGUUUUACACUAUUUAAGAAGGAAUGAACUCUUUAAAACUAGUAGUAUUUCCUUACCGUAGCUAGAAAGCAUGUCAUUGGUUCACUGCUUUCCAUCAGAAACAGUCAGGGCAAAACAGCGUUAGUACGUUUUAAAUCGAACUGUGGUAGAAAAUAAUUGCAAUGGUAUUUAAAUGUGUGUUUUUAUAUUAUUUUAUUACUGUAACAAGAAGGAAGAUUUCCUCACGGACAGUGAAUGUAUCACAGAGAUGACGGUACAUUCACAUGCUAUAACUAUUCAUGACAGUAAGUUAAGACGAGGUGUGAAAUGCCCUUUCUCAGAUUAGUUCUUUGAUUUCUUUCAUGGAACAAAAACAUCUCGCUGUUACAAAACAGGAUAUGCAAGAAAUGAAUGUAUGUUGACCUUAUGGGCUUAACACGAACUGGAAUAACCAGAACAGGGAUGGGCCGUCACACGGGGCCAAGAACCGGCCUCGGUGAAUGUGGCGGCUCAUCCCUGGGACGGAACUUGAAAACUUGCCGUUUCAUAUCCCGCUCAUGUUUCUCUAUCAAAUUGAAAUAAUCAUCUUUCAUUCAUGCUACAUUGUGUGCAGAAAACAAGUCGUAAAUCCCAGCGCGUUACACCGGAUCUCUUUACAUGAUCGUCAUUCUUCGUGUUGUCAUCCAGUUAAGCUAAGAAGACGCCGCUAAGCUCACCAAGUGUUUCUCUGCAGGUACUUCCAGUACGAUUAUCAGUCGACACUUGAUGUAGUGAUUUCGGGCGACUCAUUAUUUUUGGAUAAUAGUUUUGUAAUAAUUGUCUAUAAACAGUAGCAUCAUCCUUGUGUCCUUUAGUGGAAUUAUUCUGUCAAUUAAAGUCGUAAGAGUAUGUCUAUAGUAUUAUGAAAUAAAUCCCAGGUUGCACAGAUCUACACUUCUGAUUAAUUAGAGAAGUUUGUUGUGAAUGAGCUUCAUUUAUAACCAACCACAACAUUUUUGAAAUAUUUUCAUAUGAGUUUCUUGGGCUACUUAAUUUGGUACUAAUUAUGAAUAAAGGAAAAACAGACAGUUGGUAGACCGCCAGUUAAUUGCUUGAGUUAUUUCUUCUUUUCUUAAGUGCAUGGCAGGUGAGCUUUGGAUGCAAUUAUGGGAAAUGUAUUUAAAAAGGUGAUCAUUCAGUUCUACAAAUAUGAAGAAUAAAGUUUCCAACAGCAAAUGA